GGUUGCGAAGAGUAUGAGCACCAACGCCUGUUUGGCCGGCCUCCAAAUUUUGAAGGUUAAGUUGGAGAAGGAUCACCCCGAUCUUACUUGGGAUUUCACCGAGAUGGCCGAGUAUGUAAUCGGGGAGAUGGAUACUCCACGUGAAGCAGAGAAGGCGCCCGAGCCUCCUACUGUAGAGGAGCCUCGAAGUGAUUCUGCUCUUGCCUCACCUUUCCCAAAGGCGCCUAGUGCUGGGGAUGCCAACUCAGGAGCUGAGUGAAAAAUGGGCGUCAACCACAGAGGAUCCCCUUUUUUUAUAUAUGUAAACGUUUCCAUUUGUGGGCGCGAUCUACAUAUAAAAUGUUCUCGUUGGU